AUGGUACAAGUUGCUUUGUUGCUGGAGACACUACGCAGUGCGAGUUUCUGGACUGGAAUAAUAGUUGCGCUGGUUACCGUACAACUACUGCCGAUGUUGUUCCGUUCGUUUUCAUCGGGUGCGGCAAAAAGAACAACGGAGGUAAGCAGAAUUUGUUCUUAAUGAUGCUGUUUACGAGUAAGAUUAUGACCAUAUUAGUAGAUAUGUUCGUUAUGUAUAGCAAGCAUUGAUUUAUUUUACUAUGGAUGUAACAAGGCGAUCAUGAAGAAGUUCCUCUUCCUCAAUCAGAUAAAGUUAAAGACGAAUCAAUCAUUUCGUAAAAAAUCAAAGGUUCUCGCCGCCGCCAGCAGAAUAUCAGAAGAGUUGAAGAUGGUGCUUGUCGUUCGACAGGACUUAGGCAUGCAGAAAGGAAAGAUAGCGGCACAAUGCGGCCACGCAGUCUUAGGCGCUUACCAGAAAGCAAUGUCCUCAGAAGCUGGUCGAGGUCGCGUUCGACAGUGGGAACGGUUUGGGCAGGCGAAGAUUGCUCUUAAAUGCAACACUGAAGAAGAAAUGCAAAACUUAGAAAGAAGUGCGAAAAAACAAGGUCUCUGUACUUACGUAGUACACGACGCAGGGCGAACGCAAAUUGCUGCGGGUAGUGCUACAGUGUUGGCGGUGGGUCCGGCACCAGCAAGUCAAGUAGAUCAGGUCACGGGAGGGCUGAAAUUGUUGUAGUAAAAAUGAUGUGGUGUUGCUACUCGGAUAUUGUUUGUUGACCAAGGACCUAAGUGUCCUUGAUUAAGAACUACAAGGUUGCUCCAAAAAACUUCGAUAAGAUUUUAGCGCCAUAGACAUGUUUUAAGAGAAGCCUGAUACUCGCCUGUUGGUCGCAGCGACUGCGUCAAG